AGUUCCUUAAGGACUCGUUCAGAAAUUAUCGCAAUUGGUGGGUUUUUCUUUAUUUUGCCUUUGUUGGAGACCGGUUUGGAAAGCACGGCUUCUUUGGUAUCGAAAAAUAAGUUUAAAGUGUUGUUUGCUGAGCUCGGCUCGGAUUUAAACGCUCAUCAAAAACAUGGAGAAUGAAAUGAAAUAUUUGGCCGUCGAUCGGGCAGCCAUUGCUGAUCCAGCGGCCCAAGCCAAAUGGUCAGCGAAGAAGCUGGUGUGGAUUCCUGACGACGAACAUGGAUUUGUGGCUGCAAGCGUAAAAGAUGAUAAGAAAGACUCAGUGGUUGUCGAAUUAGAAGGAGGAAAACGAAAGACUGUGAACAAGGAUGACAUUCAAAGAAUGAACCCACCCAAAUUUGAGAAGGUGGAAGACAUGGCUGACUUGACCUGUUUGAACGAAGCUAGCGUGUUGCACAAUCUGAAAGACAGAUACUUCUCUGGACUUAUCUAUGUAAGCGAUUUAUUAUUUUUGGCUCUAUUGGUUGGCUUUGUAGUAGUAAAACUUUGUUAGAACAUGGCGAUUUGAGUCAUUGGUCUCACCGGAAGUUUAGUGUGCAAGUAUCUGCUUCACACGACCGCUUCAUUCAGUCGUUGCAGUUGUAAGCGCUAACUAUUGAUUGAUUCUUUUUCACAGACGUACUCAGGUCUUUUCUGUGUCGUUGUGAACCCUUACAAACGCUUACCUAUUUACACGGACAAAGUAGUGGACAUGUAUCGUGGAAGGAAGCGACACGAAGUACCUCCUCAUAUCUACGCCAUAACAGACAACGCAUAUCGAAGUAUGCUUCAAGGUAAAGUAAAUCAGGGUUUUGAACAAACUUUCUAUUUUAUGCAAUCAAUACUGCUGCGUAAACGCUACUAGGCAGCGUUUUUGCAUGCCCGAUGAUUUAUUCAACGCAAACAGCCCUUGAGAUUAAAAUAUUGGACAACCAUCCCAGUGUACCAAUUAUCAUUUUUCUUCGCUCACCGCCUGGGAGAUGUUUGUUAUAUUUAUUUUCCGUUUUCGUUGCCCAGCAAAAUAAAUUUUUCCUUUUCCCUCUGGCUGAAGUUUUUAAAAUCAGCUUAAUUUGCUGUCAAGUUUCAGACCUUGCUGUCUGUCUCAAAAUUCAAGGUAUAUUUACGUGCCUCUCGCCGAAGUUAUUAAAACAGUGUCAUUCAGGAAUGAAAAUGUUAAUGAUUCGUUUUGAAAACAUCCCUUUGUUCAAUGUGUGUUGAUUCUUAAUAGAAAGGUUAUACGUCGACGUUCAAGGUCUUUUAUUCACCGAUCGACUUAAUUUCUCUGCCUCUCUUGAUGAUAUUCUCAGUGGGCAUUUCUUUACCUCAGAGCACGUCUAUUCUGCAUCCCUUGUUAAUAAAUAUGUGUUUACUCUGUUAGCUGCUGGGUUUACUUGUUCUAUUUACCAUGUGAAGGGGUUUUCGAUUCAAUUUGUUUUCCUUGUAGGCGUUCGUAAUGCACAUGACCCGUUUCAUGAUGCUUGUAGAUUUCCUCUCGCUCGCGAAAGCUCACGCCUCAUGGAAAGCAAAACACGGCUUUCGAGGGAGUUUUGAGUUUACCUAAGCAGCCUUCAAGAAUGAAUAUCUCCACUGAAGUAACCCUUUCUGUUAAUUAUUUGAACUACAGACCAAAUGAAAUAGUUUUUGUUAAGGAGGGAGGGGGGGAAAUAAACCCACUAGUGGAUGGGCUUUUGAUUCUCACCAAUCAUUACUGAAAGUCAGCAUUGUUAUUGGGGACCAAGCUACUUCGGACAUAAAAACCCUUGCAAACAUGUGGAUGACUUUUGUUCUUAAAUUUGUUUUCAAGAAGUCAGAAACUAAGGUUGAUAUUAAAGUUUUUAUGCAACUUGUGUACUAGUCGCAGAUAUUAGCACUAACUAAAGGAUAUUGUCCUAAACAAAGUUUUCUUUUCAAAUCAUGCUGUUGAAAAUUCUUUGUAGGGGUGCCUGGAAUUUAAGUUUGAUUCUGUUAUACAAUUUGUAAACACACAGGGCUUUUGUUUAUGCCUUGUCUUUUGAAUUUUUUUUCCUGUACAUGUUCCAAGUUGUUCAUCAUCAUAGUUUAAACAUUCAAUGUAAAUUUGUUGUGAUGAACAAGGCCUGGUUAUUGCCCUGGUUAUCAAAAUUGAGUCUAACUGAUCAUGAUUAAGAUAAUAAACUAGGUAACGCCCCAAAGAGAGAAAAGCUUUUUCAUUCUCUAUUGUGUGUGGUACUUUUAUGAUUUUAGCUCUACUUUUGGCAUCCAUUCUUAAUAUAUUCAAUUUGCCAUGUAACAAUGGCACUGGAAUGAGGUUUGCAAGUUUUAAGGAAUGUUAUCAGCAUUUGGUUUAUUCAGUACAAUGACAGAAGUUUAAAAACCUGGUGAGGAGAUGUAAUUGUAAUCCAGUAAAAUUUAUUAACACAAGUUUUGACAGUUUCAAGAAUUGCUAUAUUUUUGUGUGUGUUUACUUUACAAAUGGUAUCACUGUGACGUUUAUAAAUGUUAUUUUAUUUAUGAUAAGUCGUGUGUUCAUUUUUCAUGAAUCAAGUCAAAAUUUUAAACCAUCUAAUCUGUGUUUGUCUCCAUUUGACACAUCUUUCUAAUGCCACUGUGCUUUUGUAAUCCAUGUAACCUUAUUCCAAAAGUGUAGUUUUACCUAUAAUGUUACAUUUCGAACCACAAUCAUUGAAAAUGUAGCAUAGUUAAUAUUUGCAUGAGAUAAUUUGAACUUUCAUUAAACGACAUACAAUUUCCCUUGGGUUAAAAGAGACCGUUUUUGUUUAGAUAAACAUUGGUAUUGCUAGUAAUUAAGAUAGACCUGUAAGGGGUAUUCUUCUUCUAAAUUGUAUUAUUUUUGCUUAGAGUUAUCUUGUAAGAUUGUAGAAUCUUUGAAUUGAAAGUGCUGUGACCACUACAUCAUGUGUUUGAUGGCAUUACAUGUAGUGAACUUUCCCAAUGGUGUCAAAUGAACAUGGAUAUCCAUAGAAUUUUGUAAUCAGACACACAAAUGAUCACACUGAGCCUCGCGAAAGCAGAACAAUUUUUUUCUCUUGAGAGAGUCAUUACAGUUAAAUCAGAAAGUUUGGCCUUGUCUGUUAUCAUUUAUAUGGGUGUACCACACUUAUCUCCUUUAUGAAAUUUUGUUAACAGAUAAACAUUCUUGGAGAUUUCAUUUUCCUCCUGGUUCUUUGUAAACAUAUUAUGUCAAUGUGUCCAAAAUAAACAAAUUAAAUUAUCUGAACUAAAUAUACUUCAAAGGAACUGAAGGAAAAUUUUCAAAUUUAAUAUCAGUUUAAGAACAUCUCAACCUACAUGUAUUUUUAGCAUCAAGUUUCUUUUAUCCUUAUUCCUUCCAUAUGUUAUUGUUCUGCUAUAAAUAACUUCUCAGUUGGAACUAUUUAUUAUGGGAAAAGUUCCAAGUUUGAGUAAUCAAAAUUGUAUUAAUUUUUUUUAAUUAUAACUUGCAAAUAUAGAAUUCAGUAGAAAGAAAGCCUAUCUGGUUUCUUGAAUUUAAAGUUGAAUUCCUAAAAUGUUAACUUUUCUGAACCUUGUUUUAAUUGAAAACAUAAUUUAAGUAUCUUUUGUUAUUUCUGCUGGACAACCUUGUUUUGACUCUUGGAAACUACAUAACUUUUCCUUAUUUGUUCUAUGAAAAUUGUUAAGCUGGUCUCUGCUUGGACAUGUUCUUGGUCUUUCAAUUUACUCAGCUAUUUGUUCAAAAUGAAAUUGAAAUACAGUGUUUGUCAUUAAUUCAGACUGAUGAAUACCAGUAGAGACAUGUGUGUUGUUAAUCACAAAAACAUACCAAUCUGUUUUUAAUUAAGUCCAAUUUUCAUCAUCUGAAAUCCUUUGCAGCUUUUUUGUAGAAUGCUUUGGUUAUUUAGUGAGACUAUGUGGAGAUUUUUUAUUAGCUUAGACAAGAAAUUUCAAAGCAGAGCUGAAUUUUUUUGUCAAUGGUAGUUUAUGCCUUUAAAGUGUGUAUGUCCUAGAACAAGAAAACCAGAGUUAGAAGUAGAAUGGCAUUUUUGUUGUUGUUGACCAUUUCUGUGUUAUUAAGAAUUGAACCCCUAUGAAACAUUUUGAACGUUGUGCCAUAAUGCAUCUGAAUUUAACUCUUACAAAAAAAAAUAAAGUUUUUUACUGAAAUGUUCAUAAAUUUAGGUCUAUUGUAUUUCUAAUGUCAAUUCCUCGUGAUCUUUCAUAUCAGUCCAGGGUUUCAAAACAAGCCAGUGAUAGCUGGAGUUCUACUGGCUACUUGACAACAUGUUGCCAGUUGCUCUGGUCAAAGUAGUUACCUUUUGGCCCUAAAUUAACUCUUCACAGUUAUCUACCUUUGCAGAGUCUGAUGCCUUCUUCAAAACAUUUUGAAACCCUAUUUAUAUUGGCUGGUAUUUCCUUUACAAUCAUGUAAAAAGUGCUCAUGCUUGAUGUAAUCAAUGUUGUUAAGAAGCCGUUUUAUGCAGAAAAUUCACAGCUGUUAUUUCUUCGGUUGUUUCAAACAUUCAAAACAAGUGAAAUAAGCUCAAUGUGGCUCAAGGCAUCUGUUAAAUAUCCUCUGUUAAAUCACAAGAAGAAAACUUGAUUAAAGUUAAUAAUGAAGAUAUCACUUGAUGUAAUAUAUGCACAUGCCAUUUUUUAAAAUCAGUUGUGAAAUUGAACUAUCAAAACAGUAUUUCACAAAUGUGCUCAAUGUCACAUGCAAAACAUAGGGCAAUUGUGACUUUUGUGUAAUUUUAUACUUGUCUGCUGCAAACAUCAAUUUUUAUUUUGUCACAUCCUCUUAUUGUCAAGACGAGCCAAAUUUGUAUCAACAACUGUGAAUUUUUUUACGCAAGAUAUACGUGACAGAUUCAUGUUAUUUCGAUAUUGUUGAGAGUAACUGCUUGUUGGUCACCUUUCUGAGGAGACGCUUUACUGACAUAUAAAAAUAUAGGAAUGUACUUUACUUUAAAUAAUAAAGUAACCUUUUAUAGAUACAGUGUUUAGUAGCCUAGACAUGAAAAAGUAGGCCAUUUAGAAAAUUGAUAAUCAACAACAUGUCUGAUGAAAAUAUUUGUUGAAUAUCAAGUGUUUUCUCAUGACUGAGCAUCGUUCCAUCCAUUGGUAAUCAUUAUUUCUUAAUUUUAUGAUCAUAGCUGGCUAUAACACUAUAUUCUUCACUUUUUUCCAGACCGUGAAAACCAGUCAAUUCUCUGCACGUAAGUAAAACAUUAUUUUGUGCUUUUUGCAUGUUUUAAGUGAUUCCUUUAAAGAGAGCUCAUCUAGUCAAUCAAGAAGAAGGAAGGUUGUUAUUAACACCUGAAAAACAGAUUGCCCGUUUGAUUUAAUCAAUAAGCACUUUACAACUACAUGUAGCUUGUCUAUAUUGUGGAUUGGAUUUAUAGAUUUUCAUACAUAUGUAAUCCUGGCCCAAACUCCUCUCUGUGAUUGGUACCAAGGUAGCUGCUUGUGUAAUUACAUUUCAAUAGUUAAUUUCACAUUUUGAUUCCUUUUCCAUUUUUCUUCAGGGGAGAGUCAGGUGCUGGGAAAACAGAGAAUACCAAGAAAGUAAUUCAGUACUUGGCAACAGUGGCUGGUCACUCACACAGCAAAACAGCACAGACUCCGAAGAAAUCUGGUUCAACUAGUUCAGCUGUCAGCACAAAGAUUGGAUUAUCUGGAAGCCAGGUAAUUAUCCUCUAAAUGCACAUGUUGUGUAAAACCUAAUCUUGUUCCAAGGGGGAAUAAGGAAAAAAACUGUGGAAGGUGAAAGGAAUGCAUUUGGUAAACUUUCAAAUUGAGAAGAUAAUGGUUAUACUACAUGCCUAUUUUUACGCAGAAUUGCUUGUAGUUUAAUGGAGCAUUAGAUUUUUACAUUCCAUGUUAUAAAAUCUGAAUUGAAUCUUUAAUUUUAUCGGCUCAAUGAGGACUUGCUUUUAAACUAGUCCAACUUUGAUGGAGCUUGUUGAAUAAAGAAGAUUUGUUUUUAUUCUUGUAGGUGGAGUUGGAGAGGCAACUUCUUGCUGCUAACCCCAUCCUUGAAGCUUUUGGAAAUGCUAAGACAGUGAAGAAUGACAACUCAUCACGUUUUGUAAGUCUUCCUUACAGAGCACAACUAGUUGAAGGGAGAACUUGAACCAUUCAAUAUGACUAUGUCAUAUUAUACUGUUAAUUGUUUUAGUGUAACUAUAGGUACAGGGUUUGUAGUGUUUUGGCAGCUAAUUUGUUACUUGAGUACAUUUUUUGCAACCUGUUGGAUGGGGGCAAUGCUUAAUUUUGUACUGUUUGACUUUGUCCUUGUAGGGAAAGUUCAUUAGAAUCAACUUCGAUGCAUCAGGAUUCAUUGCUGGUGCCAAUAUUGAAUCUUGUAUCCUUGAAAAAUCAUCUGUAUUUGUGAAUGGCGUUUAAAAUAAACGAAGAUGUGAUAAAACUUUCUCUAAUGAGAAAUUUGUCACAAGCAUAGCACUAAGAAAAAUAUGAGUUCCUGGGAAGGCAUAAUGGUUACCUCAGAUCUUCUAGUUUUGCAGUGAUUUUAAUGCUCUAUAACUAAGCUGCAGAGAUCUUUUUGGUGCAAUAGGCUAUUACAAGGUUCACAUGUUAUUUAUCCUUCACUCAUGAUAAGACCUUCUUGAGAAAUCACGUGCUGUGCGACAAACACCAAACGAGAGAAGUUUUCACAUUUUCUACCAAGUCCUCAAUGGUUUGGACAAAAAGGCCAGAGGUAAGAAGCUUGUGGUUAACAAAUAAUAGAACUGAGAGCAAACUAAUAGGGCAUGAUUUGUGACCUGCAAUCAGGUAUGCAAUUAAUUUUUUUUUUCAUGUUUCCUUCCUUUUCUGAUGCCACCUUUCAGUGACAUUAUAAAGACCCCAAAACAGUAUUUUUGCUUCCAUAGCUAUUCACUAAAGAGAAAUAUCACAAUAUAAAAAAAAGAAAAGAUAUCCAGGAGCUUACCCAAAAUAAUAAAUACAUAUUUGGAUAAGCUGCAGCAAUUUAUUGAAAUAAGACAAAAUGGAUGGUCUGUAGGAAUGGAAUGAGAUACUUACAAGGUUUGUUCGACCUAGACUGCUAUAGCACCAUUAAUUUUACAGAAAUAUUAAGGAGGGUAUGCAGUUUGUAUUAGAUAUAUCCACCUUGUUUUAUUGCAGCGGACAUGCUGUUUCAGGAUGCAGGCUCAUAUAAUUAUUUGAGCAAUGGUAAUUUACCAGUAAAUGGUUGGGAUGAUGCAGCAGACCUCCAGGAUUCUUUGGUAAGUGAUGUACUACUAAUGUAGCCUUUUAGAACUAGUUGCUUCUCCCAAUGACUUGCCAAAGCUAUUUGCACUGACUUUUGCAAGGAUGCCUUUUGCUAAUACUGCUGGAAUCAAUUAUUUUUUACUUCUUUUUCAGACUUGCAUGAGGGACAUGGGAAUUCCAGAGGAUGACAUAAAUGGUGAACUAUUUAUUUUGUAUAAACUUUUAUGUUUGAAUUUGUUGAUAUACAUACAACCAUAGUAAAGAACAGAACCAUUACUUAUAAAACAACGCUCCUUCCCUGAUUUGUUACAUGCUUCCUCUUCCUACAUGCCCGCGCAUUCACAUUACUCCCUCCCUUGUGCUAUUAUCUUUUAAUGUUCACUAUUUGAGAUCUUGGUAUUUGUGUUCUGUCCUCCUUAGCCCUUUUCCGUGUAGUGUCUGCUGUUCUUCAGUUUGGCAACAUGGCUUUCAAGGAGGAGAGAAGUUCAGAACAAGCUAUAAUGCCAAGCAAUGAAGGUUAGAUUUUUUCAGGAUAUUUAAGAGGAGGAAUUUAUCUUUCCACACAAUACUGUAGUUUCAGUUCACUGCAAAAACCUAGCAAUGUUAGCACUUACACUGCUUUUCCCUCCUGUCUAUAGUAAAGAAAUGUUUUAUUUCCUUCUACCUCAAAGCCCAUUCAUAAUUCCCCAGUCAUCCAUUCAACUAGUAGAGCAAAGAAUUGCAUUAAAAAUCAACCAUUAAAGUUGCUUAUGUAAGUCUAAGCUUUCUUGGGUAGUGAUUGAUGUACAUUUUUUGUAUACUCCCUCUUGCUUGCAGUUGCUCAGAAAGUUUGCCAUUUACUUGGUAUUCCUGUUACGGAAUUUUCCAAGGCUGUACUGAGACCAAGAGUAAAAGUUGGCCGUGACUAUGUACAGAAGGCUCAAACAAAAGCCCAAGUGAGUAAUUCUGUUGGCAAACUUUGAUUAACUGGAAGAGAGCUGACACUUCUCUGUUUUACCAUAUUUCCAUCAAGAGUAAGUUAAUUGACAACUAAUUCAGUGGGAUUCAACAAAUUGCAUGCCAGGAGUAAAAUCUCUGACCAAUUUUUUGUUAUAUUCUUGGCAAAAAAACAAUUUUUUUUUUUUAGUUUCUCUAUAGUAUAUACUGAAAAAAAUUAUUCACCUUCACUUUGGUGAAUAACAGUUAAAUGUUAAGUACCCUUGAAUUCUUUUUUGUUGUUUUUGUUGUUCUAAUAAGGUAUAAACUGACAGGCGUUGUUAUGAACGUGUAAUAUUUUAAUCACAUUUUAGGCUAUGCAUUAGUUUUGAGCAUUUUUUUUUUUAAUCUGAGUUUUUUUCCUUUACAGGCAGAGUUUGCUAUUGAGGCUGUUUCUAAGACUCUCUAUGAAAGAAUGUUCAAGUGGAUUGUGUUCAGGAUAAACAAAUCCCUGGACAGAACCAAGCGAGAAGGAGCUUCAUUUAUUGGCAUCCUGGAUAUUGCAGGAUUUGAAAUCUUCCAAGUAAGCUGUGCAUCAGGAAAUGACAAACAAAUAUUAGAAUUAAAUGAAACAUGAAUUGAGUUAGUAUCAACUGGUGAUAGAAUUGCAGAAUUUUACACUACGUUUGGUGGGUGAACCCUUUACAUUUGAACAUCAGUACAUGUAUGCAAGUUCUCCAUAUCAUUCUUAAUAUAUUUCUUAUGGUACUUAAAAAGAGAAUUUGUCUAUCAAUCAAGAGUAUGUUUGUGCAGUAUUCUCUUACUCGUUUCCUAACAGUUUUAUGUGUAUUUUUCUUUUAGAUGAACUCUUUUGAACAGCUCUGCAUCAACUAUACCAAUGAAAAACUGCAACAGCUUUUCAAUCACACAAUGUUCAUUUUGGAGCAGGUACUGUCUCUAAUUUUCUGAGAGUUUCCUUAGAUGUUCCUAGUUCUGCUGUAUUUGACUUUCUUCAGCUUUUAGAUAAAAGAUGUCAGAAUUUUUACACCAUUCAAGACAUUUUAAACAUGAGUUUUAUGCAUUUAACUUGCUUUGAAGUGGUGGGUUUGGUAGCGACAAUGAAUUGGGUCCAAGAGUCUUGAUUUUGAACCAGAUAUGUGUAGGCAAAGUGUUGUUUGCAAAGGUCUUCCACAAAGUUCUUUUGUGUGAUGUUUCAUGACCAGAAAGGGAUUUUUGUCAUUAUUACACCCAUUUUGAAAUCACUGGUGGUCCCUGUAAUCUGAUUGGCUGUAAUUGAUGUGAUUUAUCCACACUAUUUUUUUAUUUAAAUCGCAUCUUUUUCCCAGGCAAUGAGGAGGCUACACUAAAAACGAAACGACCAAUCAGAUUUCAAGGCUUGUUCAAAGUAACCAAUCAAAUUGCUGAAAAAUGAAAGACAAAGAGUAUCAUGUGGCAAAUUUUGCAACUUUUGUUUCCAAAACUCUUACCUUUUUCCCCCCAAGAGAUGGAUGAAUUUUCAGACUGGUUCAGUACUGCAUCAAUAAAAUGUUUGAACUGACCAAGUCCUGUAUUUGGGUGAUUUCAAAAUGGAUGUAAUAAAGUGGUAAUUGAACCUCGUGUUGUGUAAUUUUGGUCUGAAAUCAUACUUGUGAUUUCAAAUCGAACUUGCGCUGCGUGCUCAUUUGAUUUUGAAAUCACGCGUAUGAUUUUAGCCCAAAUUGCACUCCACUCAGUUCAAUCACCAUUAUUUACUACAACUGGACCCUACAAUACUUAACACUCUCGUGCCUCUAUACUCUGAUGUGAUUUUGGGUUUGAUUUAAUUUUCAAUGACAGGAAGAGUACAGGAAGGAAGGAAUUGAAUGGAAAUUCAUUGACUUUGGACUGGAUCUGCAACCCUGCAUUGAUUUACUGGAGAAGGUUAGUCUGACUUGGAAACAGCCAGCUUAAUUUGUGCAAGUUUGGCAUGUGUAUUGUGUGGUGUCUUUAGUUUAUAACCUGCUUUGUUUGUUUCCACUGCAACCGAUGUUGUUGUUCUUAAACAUCACGUGUGGCCCAAAUUUAAGCCUGUCUAACAAUACAUUGAACAUGGUAUAACAGUGGCAACUAAAGAAGAAGAAAUUUGGUUUUAUCAACUGGGUUGAUAAUGUAAAUUGCCCAAAGAGUUUCUAAAGCUGAAAUUUCAAAAGUUAGCUUUUUGUCAAAGCUUUAGAAACUCUACGGUGGCCGAUUUACUUUAUCAAAUCGCCCCCUUCAUUUAAAGAAGAAGUUACAUGUAUGUAUAUUAAAAAUUGUUUUUUGAAACUGAUCCUACUGUUGGGUCAAAACGUUUUGCUUGUUUUUGGUGGCAGGCUUUAUUUUAAACAGCAAUACGGUGCUAUGAGCUGUAUGUGUUAAGAAAAAAAAAGAAGAUUCUUUAAAGAGCUUCUCCUUGAAUGUUUAGAGAUCCAUAAUUACGUGUUUGUUCUUUACUGCUAAGGUUACCUCAUUAAAUUGUGAUGUUUUAUUCACAGCCAAUGGGAUUGAUGGCUCUGUUAGAUGAAGAAUGCUGGUUUCCAAAAGCCACAGACAAGUCAUUUGUAGAAAAAGUUAUCAAGGAGCACAGUAAACAUCAGAAGUUCAAGAUCCCAGAGUUCCGCUCUGAAGCUCAUUUCACGGUCAUCCACUAUGCUGGCAAGGUAAGUUGUGUCUUUGAUGUUGAAGUUUAGUAGGAAUGGUCCUGCAGAGUUAAACAUUGCUCUCCUGUCCGUAGUUUAAAUCUAAAAAAUGACAAUUUUUUAUUUUGUUGAUAGGUGAAAGGUCCUUUGUAGCAAAAUAACAUUAAAUCUUUAUUUAACUCGCACAAAUACAACUCCGUUUUGUUUUCAUCGAUCGAGGAAGAGAGGAGCCUGUGAACGAGGUUGCAAAGGUUGAUGUUUUCUUGUUAGUGAUGGGACGCAAGACGAGUAACCGUCACGUGACCACGCGUCACGUAACCGCGGGGCGUGUAAACUGGAGUUGUGCAAGUCAGAAUAUCCAAUAGAUUACCAAUGUCAUUAUUUUGGCUGUUUUCUUAUACAGGUUGACUACAACAGCAAUCAGUGGCUGAUGAAAAACAUGGACCCCCUCAACGACAACAUCAUUUCUCUGCUGCAGAAUUCCUCAGACAAUUUUGUUAGUCUUCUUUGGAAAGAUUCAGGUAUGGUGACCCUGAGUCUGAAUGGCUCAGAAAAUCACUCGCCCACCCCGGGUUUAUUCGGGCACCUCCCGAUAGGGGAGCAGUAGAAUUUUCCAAAGGGGCGGGGAGGGAGCCUUUGACAAGCAUAUCACUGGCAUUUGGGGAAGGUUGGGGGGUUCAUUUGCACUCUUCGAGACUGCACCUUCUAUAGCUGAGCUCUGGGCAAGGAAUAAACUAUAUAUUUCUCUGUUAAUAACGUUAUGAUUUUUACAUGCUAUCAACAUAGUUCUUCAGCGAGUGAUCGACUCGCGACGAAGGAGUUUGACUGAAAAAGAUUGCUCCAGUGCGUGUCUGUUCUAUUCUUCAAGUUCUUUGUAGUGAACAAAAUUUCUUUGCGAUUUGCUUUUUUAACAGAGAACAUUGUCAGUAUGAAUGCAACUCAGAGCGAAACUCCGUUUGGUAGUAAAGUGCGUAAGGGAAUGUUCAGAACUGUCAGCCAGCUGUACAAGGUUUGUCGGGAAUACUUGUACCUCCGGAACUAAGUGAAAUGAGAACGCACUGUUUAACCAGUCAUUGGUUUUCCCUUGUUUAUUUUUUCUGAGUUAAAUUUGAAUUAUCUGUAACCCUUUGAACCCUAAACGUGACAAGAAUCUAUUUUCUCCUCACAAUAUCACCCCUGAAUCAAACAUUAAGGUAGCCAGAAGAAAGGAAAUGAUCAGCAACUGAAGAAGCAAUCGAUUGUUAACCAAAUUCUCCUUGCCGGCACCUUCGGAAAUGUGUAGAGGACAGUAUGAAGACUAUGCAUACUGAUGUUAGGGUGUAAAGGAUUAAUGAUCUUUCGUCUUUAGUUAAUAUCUCUAUUCUGCAUUUCAGUAGAUGGUUUUCAUAUAUAUCGUUUAACGUUUUAAUCAGUGGUGUUUCACGGUGAAAGAGCCAAUCUUUUGUAGUUUUACACUUCUCCCCAUUUUGAAAAGAAGGAUUGUUAAACCUCGGAAAAGGCCGAUUCACUAGUUGCAUUUUUUUCGUAUUGACGAGAUGUUCUUUGCAUUUAUUUUAAAACUGAUGUUUGUAUCUUCAGGAACAACUAGCCAAACUGAUGGUGGUUCUUCACAACACCAAUCCUAACUUUGUGAGGUGUAUUAUUCCAAAUCACGAGAAGAGAGUGAGUACCCAUUUAAUGUUUAGGCUAGUAACGUUAAAUUGCGUUGCUUUUUAAGUUGCAAUCUUUAAAACACUGAAGGCAAUUACCAUAUUAAGAUUAAAAUUGUUAAUGGACAAGAAAAAUGCUCUUUCUGCCCCUAGGCUGGUAAGAUUCACGCGCAGCUUGUACUGGACCAACUAAGGUGUAAUGGUGUCCUGGAAGGAAUUAGGAUCUGCCGACAAGGUUUCCCGAACAGGAUGCUUUUCCAGGAAUUUAAACAGAGGUAUGCAAGGCCUUUAUUUAAUUUUGCAUCAUGAAAACUGAUAGUUACGCGUUGCCGUGAUGCCACUAAUUGUGUCCUCAAUUACGGCAACUGCACUAUUGAUAUUUGUUCUCUUAUCUUUUCCUGUUCAUGUGAGGAGCUUUAUCCCUCAUCUGCCGCACCAAAAACAGUUAGAUUAUACUUUGACACCCUGAAGAUAACGCCUUGACUGAUAAUGCCUUCCCCUUUGAAAAUAACGAAAUCAUUGGAUCAGUGUCGGUAUUUCAGCGACCAAAACCAAACCAUAUACCUUUACUCUUUAUCAGGUGACUGUUAUUUGGUUCGGGGAGGGGUGGGUGUGCAGUUACACAGAUACUGACCUUGAUCUAUAUCAAUGAUAGGUGAGGAGUACGGCACAUGACUGAGAAUCCUACGAAUGCCGUACCUAAUUAUAAUCUUUUGUACCAAAUUGCUUUUUUGAGACUCACUUCCGUUGCCUUGCAAUGGGGUGGGGCUCCAUACAUUAGAGGUCCGGCGUUUGAACUGGGCUUACUUCAGGUGGGAAAGUCAUUACAUAAACUUCUCAUUACUCCUCAGAUAUGAGUUGCUGACACCAGGAGUCAUUCCUAAGGGUUUUAUGGAUGGAAGAAAAGCCUGUCAGAAAAUGGUAUGUCGAUUUGCCGGUUUCACUCUCUUCAUCAAGUUACCUUACUUCUCGGUGCAAUUUUCAAUUGACAGUUAAAAAGAUUUUGGUAGGCAUUUAUCUACCUAACUUUUCGCUGUCUUUGGUCGAGAAGAUCCGCGUCAUCUAUUCAGCCAAUCAAUUUCGAAACUAAAACCAAUCGCGACUUGUCACGCCAUUUCCCCUGCGCUUGAGUGAAUCGUUACUUCCUUUUUUCCUGCACUUGUGGCGACGCGUCACUUCAUUUUUCUCGCCCUUAAGGCGACUUGUCACUUCAUUUUUCCCGCGCUUAAAGUGACUCGUCACUCCAUUUUUCCCGCGCUUAAAGUGGCUUGUCACUCCAUUUUUCCCGCGCUUAAAGUGACUCGUCACUCCAUUUUUCCCGCGCUUAAAGUGGCUUGUCACUCCAUUUUUCCCGCGCUUAAAGUGACUCGUCACUCCAUUUUUCCCGCGAUUAAAGUGGCUCGUCACUUCAUUUUUCCCGCGCUUAAAGUGACUCGUCACUCCAUUUUUCCCGCGCUUAAAGUGGCUUGUCACUCCAUUUUUCCCGCGCUUAAAGUGACUCAUCACUCCAUUUUUCCCGCGCUUAAAGUGACCCGUCACUCCAUUUUUCCCGCCCUUAAGGCGACUUGUUAAUCAACUUUCCUUGCAGUUAAGCUAACUUGUCACUCCAUUUUUCCCGGGUUUGAGUGACUCAUCACUCCAUUCUUCUUACCCCUAAGGCGACUUUCCAAUCGAGUUCCCAGUAGUCAGAUGACUUGUCGAUCCACUUUUCCCGUGGGAGUUAGUUUGCUUUUUCUUUGCCUCAAACCCUCAUCGGGUCACUGUUAUAUUCUCCUUGGUGCCUUUUGAUGACUGUGAAAAAAAAAAAGAUGAAAUAAAAUGGAUGUAAUUAACACAAAACUAGCCAGUGAUAGGCGUUUCGUUUCGUUUCGAAGCUGUGUGCAGCAUUUACAGGAGGCGAGUUCUGGUCAGCGGUUAACCGCCCACCAUUUUUUUUUUUUUUUUUUUGGUACUGAAAAGAAAAGGAACUUCCAGCAUCCUUUAGGAGGAAAGAAAUGAGGAAAAAGCUCCCAAUAUCUAUGUUCAACUGCACUAUAUUUGUCUAAAAUAAUUUUUAUUGAAACGACACCCCAAGGUUCGCUGUGUUUGGAGCUUAAUGAAGUGUUGUAUUUUUCAUCACACUUUACAAGUUAAAGAUUUUAGAACGCUUGUAUUAUUUUAAAAUUGUGUAUGAUAACAUUUUGAAUUAUGAAUAGGGCACCCGUAAUAUUGUUAUGAAUUUAAGAAAUGUUUCCCAAGAGUUCUAACAAUUCUUAUUCAUUUUUUUUUCAGCUGGAGGUUCUCGAGCUGGACACGAAUUCUUAUCGUAUCGGCCAGUCCAAGAUCUUCUUCAGGGCAGGCGUGUUGGCUCAUUUGGAGGAGGAACGUGAUCUGAAACUCACAGAGAUCAUCACUGUUUUCCAAGCCUUCUGCCGUGGGAACAUCGCAAGAAGGCACUAUAACAAGCGGGUUCAACAACUAAGCGCUAUUCGCGUUAUUCAACGAAACUGCCUCAGUUACCUUAAACUGCGCAACUGGCAGUGGUGGCGCCUAUUCACGAAGGUGAAGCCGUUGCUCAACGUGACCAGGACAGACGAAGCGCUACGCGAAGCCCUCGACCUAAAGAAAGCGAACGAAGAGAAGUUGGAAAAGUCUGAAGCAGCGGUCACCGAGCUGGAGAGGAAAUACAGUCAGGUAUCUGAGGAAAAGAGUAUCAUGCAAGAGCAGCUUGAAAGAGAACGCGACGCCUUCCAGGAGGCUGAUGACAUGCGUCAAAGGCUGCAGACCCGAAAGCAGGAGCUGGAAGAAUUGUUGAACGAUCAGAUGGAGCGAUUUGACGAAGAGGAAGAAAAGGUUCUUAGUCUUACUGAAGAGAAAAAGAAACUGAUGAAGGAUAUUCAAGACUUGGAGGAUAGGUAUGUCUGUUUUAAACCGUCCAGUUUGAGAGAAAAGUUAUAUAGUAAGGUUUGACAGGCAGUUGGAGUCCUUUUUGCCAGGAAUUGUCUCGCGUUAUGUAGUUAAAUGAACUCUCGGCUUUUCAAAAUGUGCCCGUAAUCUUUUGGUUCAAGUAGCAUAACCAUAGUAACUGCGAUUGUGUGAUGAUGACGAAAAUUGAAUACUCCCUGGUGUUGAACCCAGGCCCUGCUGAAAUUAUCUUUACCCUUGAGUCUCAGAGAACUCGUAGGUGAGCGAGGCAUAUCUGUGCGACUUGUAUCAGGACAAGAUUCCGUAUUGUUAAAAGGAAAAUGGGAAAUUUUCAAGGGAGAAAAGAAAACAAUUAGGUCAACCCUAUUUAAAGCACCAACACAGGGCCCGACCACAAUAGUGGGUGCUCCCUACGGUGUUGCAUGUUUGCGUGUAAUCUGUUUUCCUGUUUUGCCUCUUGUGCAGCUUGGAAGAGGAAGAAGCUGCCAGACAAAAGCUUCAGCUUGAGAAGGUCUCUGUUGAGGCCAAAUUGAAGAAGCAGGAGGAGGACCUGACUUUAAUGGAAGACUCCAAUUCGAAAGUAUGUUUCUGACAACUUUAUUGAGAGUUAUUAGACAGUAAUUUGCAGAAGAAAAGUCAUUUUUUUCAGACUGUGCUAUGAUCUAUCCAUGGCACUCUUUCUUUGAUCAAGUAUUGUUUCCGUCUGAAUCUUAACCCUUUAACUCCCAAAGUGACAAAAAAAAAUUUCUCCUUACAAUAUCAAUGCAAUAUCAACCAGAUAAGUGAUGAGAAUAAAGAAAAAUAUCAAUCUGGGGAUAAUUAUUUGAUCCAAUACUAAAUUCUCUGAACUAACAUUACAAGGAUUGUAUGGUUGACAGUAAGGAGAAUGACAAAUUUGAUCCGGGAGUUAAAGGGUUAACGUUACACCUUAUCUCUCCCGGGAUAAACUCUUGUGUUGAGUCUAUACUGACACGGUAUGCUUUUAUUUCAACAGUUGACGAAGGAUAAGAAAUCGUUAGAAGACAAGCUACAGGAGACAAAUCAAGCUCUCGCCGACGAAGAGGAGAAAGCUAAAGGCUUGGCCAAACAGAAAGCUAAACAGGAUGCUCUCAUUGCAGAUCUCGAAGAACGAUUACGAAAUUCAGAAAAGGUAGGCAAUGAGUUGGUCCAAAGGUGAUAUUGAUUUUUUUUUUUAGUCUCUGUGAUGGAGAUACCGUCAAGAAAUUUCAUCUCUCUUGGAGUCUGUCCUAUUAAAAGGAUAAUAACGAUGACGUAACAGUACGGUGUCACUCAUAGGUUGACAGUGUAGAAACAGGUCCGUAGUGCGUACGCACUGUAUAUCGAUUGGCAAAACCAACGCAAUCUUGGAUUACUUUCGACACUCAAUUGGAAAUGUCUGCUUUCCAGAAUUUGAUUGCUUAUAUUUAUGUCAUGUCAGGCUUGCCAAGACUUGGAAAAAAUCCGUCGAAAGUUAGAGGCUGAACUCGCUGAUGUCCAUCACCAAUUGGAGGAAGCCAAACAAACGGUAAGAAACUGACGUCAUUGAUUGUGGUAGAUGCUCAGUGACAUGAUAAAUCAAUGGAAAACGGAGGAGGAAGUCGGUAGACAUUUGUGGAUUCUGAGUUCAUUUUGGUUCUGCACUAUUUUACUGAUAUAAUAAUAUUUAUUUUGUGUUAAAGAUCCAAGAUCUGGAGGCGACCAUUCACAAAAAAGACAUGGAAUUGAAUGACUUGAAUGCCAGGUACAAAUAUUAUCAUAGCGUUGCUUGUUUGUAAAUUAGCUCAUUGGGAUUUGGAGCUCGUUUUAAUGAUGUAGAUUGAACGUUUGGUUUGUGUUUCAUUCAGGGCUGAUGAAGAAUCUGCCAGGAGAAGCGAGCUCGAGAAAACCAAGCGAGAACUGGACAAUCAGUUGGAGGAACUGAAGGAGGAUUUAGAGGCUGAGAAAAGUGCGAGGACAAAGGCCGAGAAACAACGGCGGGAACUCGGAGAGGUGAAGAAAACAGAUCAUUAUUCUGCACUCUGCAAUAAACUUUUCGGGUUUCAGUCGGUAACGUAAGAAUACUCGGGAAAAGGAAAUUCCGAUUGCUCUUUAUAGAAUUCGAACUGAUGAUCUUCCGAUUACUGCCUGAAUGCUCUACCACUGAGCUAAUAACGUAGCUAGUCAGGGUAUUAUUUGAGGUUAAAAAAGUUAUGACUGUGCAGUGCCAGAUCUAGAUGUUCAAGGUUUCAUUGAAUACGGUAUCUCAGCAUCUCUUAUUGCAGAUUUUGCUGUAUUUUGUGCAACACAGAGGUUCAGUUUCAAAUUAUUUGUUUUUAGGAAUUGGAGUCCCUCAAGUCGGAACUCGAAGAAUCGAUUGACACCACUGCUGCUGCUCAGGACAUGAGGAACAAACGAGAAGAAGAGCUGAUGAAACUUAAGAGGAGCGUGGACGAAGAAACUGUAGCACACGAGGCUGCCAUGGCACAACUUCGGCAGAAACACACUCAAGCAGUGGAGGAACUGAACGUAGAACUGGAAACAACCAAAAAGGUAACAUUUUGUAGUGUUCUUCAAAGAAUUUCCAUUCUUUGUUUAUAAUCGCCAUAGCAGAGCCGGAAGACAGUGGAGUCUUUCUAACAGGUCCAAGAGGCUAAAACAAAACAAAUUCUAGUUAGAGGUACACGUUUCGUAGAGAGUCUUGAAUUCUUGAACCAUUGUGCGUAAAGGAGGUCAAGGUUUGAGAGCAAAGGACGAACCAAGAAGUUUUUUUCCUAAGCUUAACCCUUUAACUCCCAAGAUCUGAUUGUUAAUUCUCCCCUCUAGCAGCUACACAUUUCCUUGUAAAUUAGUUAUGAGAGCUUGGUGCUAGAUCAAGAUAGCAGCUUCUACCUGAUAAGUUUGAAUAUUCUCAUUACCUGUUUGCUGAAGAAUGUAUGGAUAUCGUAGGGAGAAGUUUCAUGUUAAUCACUUCUGGGAGUUAAGGAGUUAAGCAUAACGUAAUGAAGAAGAAGUUUUGGUGCAAACCCUGGACAACUUCUUUUCUUCUCUCUCCAAAGUCUUAAAUUUUACACGCAGAAAUGUUUGGGAACCACCUAAUACUAUCAACGCAAACAACUUUAUUCCCAUAAAUAAUUAAUCGCGAAAUGCUCGCUCAGUGGUUGUCUUAGGUACUUUCGUAAUUUCUCCACCAUGCUUACUUACCACUCUUUUCCUUUAAUCUUUUAACUCCCAUAAGUGACCAAGGCAGAAUUUCUCCCAACAAUAUCAAUACAAUAUCAAGCAGACAAAUGAUGAGAAUAAAGAAAAUAGUCAAUUGAAGGAGUGACAGUUGAUCCAAUACCAAAUUCUCCAAACUCACUUAAUAAUAGUUGAAUGGAAGACAAAGAGAAUUCAUAGUAAAAUCUUGGAAGUGAAAGGGUUUACUCGCUAAGGGUUCUCUCCAUCCGUUAUAUUCUCAGGGCAAAGCUCAACUUGAAAGAGCCAAGGCACAUUUAGAGGAAGGCAACUCGCAACUGAAAUCCGAAGUCGAGGAAUUAAGCAGUCGAAAGACCGAGGCUGAACGCAAAGUGAAAGUGUUGGAAAACCAAGUCGCUGAGGCGAACGCCCGGCUCACCGAUGAUGAACAUCAAGUCAGUGAGCUACAAAGUGCCAAAGUUAAAUUACAGAAAGAGAUGGAAACGGCAAACACUCAAGUGGAGGAACUUGAAUCCAGGUGUUCGACUGCAGAGAGAGCAAAGGCCAUGCUUGAAUCGCAACUUGCAGAAACACAGGUAAAAACCGGGAUUAUUGUCGCGACUUCUGGUCGUCCAAGAAGAGCAAAUUUACAUUGUUUUGUGUAAAUACGUUUUAUGGUUUAACCCUAAAACGUGUUCACCACAUUCAAUUAAAUGUCGUCACGUUGUGCCGAAUGAGUUUCCGAAGUGGUUUUUCUCAGCUUGCUCGUUGGUACUGAAAAUGAAAAAUAAAACAGUAAAAAAGGUACUUAAUCAGGGGCAACAUGAAUACUGUUCGUGACAUUGCGUAGGCUCAGUGGUAAGUCCAUUGCGCACGUCACUGGCAUCAAAUUUCUCCGCUUUGUCACCGGUUGCAAGUUUCCUGCGCUCGGCUCCGAUUUGUUACGUGGCUUGAUUGGUUUAUUCCUUUGGUGUGAUCGUGACUGGUCAGUUAUAACAACUUGGAAGGUGACAAGAAAUAUAUAUCAAGUUGUCUAAAAACUUCUUGACUUUUGUGGUAAUGCUAAGAAAAUUUUCUUUCUCAGGAAUCUUUAUCAGAUGAAACCCGCCAAAAACUUGCACUUAGCAAUAAACUCAAAGAUUCUGAGGCAGAAGUAAAUCGCCUGCAAGAUCAACUCGACGACGAAGAAGACGCCAAGGUCGCGCUUCAGAAGAACCUCUCCCAAGUUCAAGCGCAAGUGAGUGAAUGAAGAAUCUUCUUUUACGGAAUUAUAUCUUGGAAAAGUUUAAAGAUUUAUUAUUGGAUGUAUGUGUGGCUCAAAUGCCAUUUCAAUUUCGUCCGUUGCAAUUUGGAUUGCUAAAUAACCUAGCUAUUUAUUUAUUUAUUUUAAUUUCACUUCUCAGGUCGGAGAACAAAAGAAACUUGCGGAUGAUCGCUCCGCACUUCUUGAAGAGGCCGAGCAGGCCAAGAAAAAAAUGGCGCGAGAGGUUGAAACCCUACAAGCACGUGUAGAUGAACUAAGCGCCAAUAACAGCAAACUGGAGAAAACUAGGAAAAGAUUGCAAGAUGAGGUCAGCGAUAGGCCUAGCAAUAUUGCUUUUACUGUUGAUUUGAAUUUAAAAAUCUGGUCUUAGAAGGGUUACUUGGAAUAGAUGGCAAGCUGACGUAGUCAUUAGCUUUAUAACAGCGUUAUUAGUGUAGGCUUGGAUCAACAAAUCGGUUCGUAGAGGGGCUAUGAACGACAGUCGAUAAAGAUUAUUAUACAUUAGACUUGCUGUGAAAAAUCUGAUUGGUUGAGAGCAUCAAUCAAUAUUCAAUAGCGUGUGAAGUUGACAUGAUAAUGUAACAACUGCCGUAGAUAUUGCAGUUAUCUUGUCGUGUUCAAAGUCUCUCUAGUUUCCGAGCCCUUCGUCCUUGUACUGUUCUCGAACUUUUGCAAAAUCAGAAAAUGUCUUCUUUUGCAGAUUGUUUAAAAAAUGUAUACUAAUACAAUUAUUAAGUUCGGCUUUCGCAUGAUAUCAUGCAUUUUCAAACCUCGUGUCUGGGUUACCUGCCUCAGCCUUCGGCUUCGGCUGAUAACUUAUAUCUCAGUUUCGAGAGUUCUUGAUAUCGACUCAACUUCAUCCAAUACACAUUCAAUUGCUUAUUACAACCUUUACCAUUUCUCAAACAGGUCGACGAUGUGCAACUCAACUUGGAGAAGGAGAAGGCUCAAGUCAGUGCCCUGGAGAAGAAACAGAGAAAGUUUGAUCAGGUUGGUUUGGCUUGGAAUUGCUCGCGAGGUGUUUGACACCUAUUGUUUUCCGCCACUGGCAGGUAACUGUAAGAAUACAGAUUUGGGUGGAAGACGAAGGAUUAAUGAUGGAGUUAACUACAAGAAGAAAUUCAAAAUUGGAAAAAAAAGUGCCAAGAAGCGUUGAUCCUAGCUGUGAAGUAUCGAAGAUUUACCCACAGGCUUAAACUUAUGAACAACGUCUUAUUGUGCAAGGUUUGCUUUGCGCAUACAGAGCCUGGAUGCCACAGGCGACUAAGUUUUGUCAUAGGAUGACUCGUAUUGCCCUGAUAAAAGCGUUUUAGGAACUGGGCGGUCCAAACUCGCUAGAACAGAGCCCUGAAGCAACCAGAGAUUCUUUUCAAAGAACAAAGCUUUGAGCUCGUGAAAGUACUUCAGAGUACCUCUCAGCAGGAUUGCCAUGUAGGGUUACGACCACGGACUUGUAAAUAAGACAGAAAUCCUUAGUUGUUUUUCAUCUGAUCUGAGAGAGAGAUUGUUAAUGUGUCUUUUCUCCUAUAUUGCAGUUGCUCGCAGAAGAGAAAGCCAUUUCUGAGAAGAACGCUAUGGAAAGGGAUAACGCUGAACGAGACGCCAGACAGAAUGAAACAAAGGUAUGUGUCUCCAGUUGUCCUUUCAGUGAUCAAACUUUCAUUUCUUUGUACAAUACCAAAAAAAUUUCGGGUGGGCAGGUGAGCAGAACAAUAGAACUGAUCAGCAAGCUGGAAUCCUCUGCCAAUGUAUCAUUUUUACGUCCCCCAAACCAGCGUGAUUUGGAGUUAAUUUCUCACUAACACUUUACUUUGCUUUCUCUAUCGCUGCAACGAACUGUAUCACAAUCACGUCUGACAAGUGUGCCACGGUUUCACGAACUACUUCCUAAACCAUUCGUGUGCUGUUAUUUGUCCAGGUUAUCUCUCUCACGCACGAAUUGGAGGAGCUUCAAGAGAAGCUUGGAGAAACUGAAAGAGUCCGCAAGGCUGCACAGAAUGAACUCGAAGCCAUGAUGGAAAGCAAAGAUGACUUCGGCAAAAACGUGCACGAGUUGGAGAAGGCUAAACGGUUGUUAGAAGCUCAACUCGAAGAGAAGAAACAACAGAUCGAAGAACUUGAGGACGAGCUGCAGAUCACCGAGGAUGCCAAGCUGAGGAUGGAAGUCAACAUGCAAGCCGCCAAGACUCAGUUUGAUAGAGAACUGGCUGCAAGGGACGAGCAGAACGAAGAGAAGAGGAAAGCGUUACUCAAACAGGUGGGCAUCGCUAUCAUAAUAACUCAUGACCGAAAAUCACAAUUAUGACUAAAAUUCUUUCGGGUUAGCCUUGCAUUUGCAAAUCUUAAGACCUGAAAAGGUUUAUUUAUUUCAGUAAUCAAUUCAAUUGCGGAUAGAACCUUUGACUGUCUUAGUUCUCCGUUCCAUGUUUUCACCAUUUCAUUCCCAGAGGUGAUUACAAGUAACUCCUUCACAUGUCUAGAAUAGACAAAACGAUGACGAUCAUUGUGACCUAAAAUGGGAGGGGUGGGUGGGGUGGUUUAACGUGAUAAAACACUAGACUACCUCACGCAGUUAACGAAGAAAAGUAUGAAGCAAUUUUCAAUUACUUUGGUUUUGCUUUACUCUGCUCUGUGAUUGGUCUAGAAACUUACAUUUCCUUCCCUCUUACCUAUCGGAUGAGAAACUAACAGCAAUAGACUUGUUUUGUUCGCCUGUUUUGUUUACCCAUUUACACAUUUCAGCUCAUGUGAUCAUGCUCUAGAGAACUGUUUCCUUCAAAGUCCCUCUUAUUCACGCGCAUAUGUACGCAUAAUUUACAAAAGAUAAAACAGGGAAUUCCCUUGCGACCUGGAAUGGGUAAUCAAAAUAUCCAAGUUAAGAGGUCUAUCGUGACCUUAUCGCUCGCGUUUUCCCGCGCUUCUGACGGAGUGCCAGUUUUCACUUUGAUUUCUCAUUAGGUAAGGGCUAUUUAUUAAUCGUUUUGGUUACUUUGGUUUCGGUGCUCCAACAGCCAGAGUGGAAGGUUUACUACUCGGAUCUUGCAAGUUUAAGGGUUGAAAAUAUCAAUGAUAAUUCGUGUGCUUUGGUUUUUCCAGCUCCGUGAACUUGAGAGCGAACUGGAUGAAGAGCGCAAGGGCAGAGUUAGCGCUGCUAACGCUAAGAAGAAGAUCGAAAUGGAUAUGGCUGAUCUGGAAGAACAACUUGACGCAAGCAACCGUGUGAAGGAAGAUGGCAUCCGUCAACUGAAGAAAUACCAACAGCAGGUUAAGGAUAUUCAGCGAGAUCUGGACGACGCCCGACAAGCGAGAGACGAGAUAUCUGAGCAAGCCAAAGAAAACGAGAGGAAAGCCAAGCAGCUGGAGGCUGACUACUUACAAAUGCAAGAGGUACGGGGUUGUGCCAGGAAACAUGACCAAUUUGAACUCCUCUAAAAUUAAUCUGAGACAACUUUUAUCGCCGCUGAAGUCGCCCAGAUAACCUUUUUUACUGACCUCGGUGCUUGCGAAUUUCCAUCGUGUCUGGUGAUUGGACAAAAAGAUUCAGAAAACUGCGAAUAUCUGUAGGAAAGUUUUACUAGAUUUAGACGAGUGUUUCAUUCUUCCCAUACAAAAUUAAAACUUGUGUUCUUGUUGGAACAAUUAUAGCAACAAGUGUUAAAAGAGUUAUCGUUCUUUCUGAUUUCUAGGAUCUUGCUGCUGCCGAACGAGCCAGAAAGAGUUUAGAGUCGGAAAGAGACGAGUUAGCAGAAGAACUAGCGAGUUCAACUCAUCUCAGGUAACAUUAAAACUGCUCAUAGCGAUAGCGACACUAUCAGCUCAUCAGAUGCAAGAUUAAGGCUACUUGCGAAUUUUCCUCUCAUGGCCGAUUACUUUAAUUUCGGUACUUGGAGUUCUUACUGGCUUUACACUUAUUUCGAGUAACCGUGGUGAAUACUUUUGUUUUAUUUUUUUUCGACACGAUGAAUUGGCGCCCUGAAUUUAGCGCAUAUUGACCGAAUUAAGGUGAAUUAUUAAAUAAUUUUUGUUAGAACUGAAGAGGAGAAAUACCAAAAGGCAAUUGAAUAAAGAUCACUUCAAAUGUCCCGAAUUCUACCUGGUUUGUCCAUGACACAAAAUGUGAGGAAAUAUUUUUUGCAUCGCACAGCGUUUUCUUCAAUUAGAAAGGAAUAAAACUUGUUUUGAAAGAUGGCAAAAGACUAAAGUGACUAUGAGCUACUGAGGAGGAACAAAUAAAGAAGAUUGGCUUGGAUUGUAAAUGAAAAAACUUGAUCAAACCAUACUGUUUAUUUCUUCAUGAUUCCUCUUGCAGUUGCUUAACUUUCUUUGCUUACGUUCCAGGGGCUCUGCUGCCGACGAGAAGCGCAAACAAGAUGCACGCAUCGCUCAACUGGAAGAGGAACUCGAGGAGGAAAGAACUCAGAACGAACUGCUGAUGGAGAAAUACAAGCGGGCUAACAUGCAGGUUUGUGGGAAGAGUUGUGACCAGCUGGAAUUGAUUAAUGCUGCUUGAGUCAAGUUGAAUUCAUUGUGUAUUAUUUUUAUAUUGCAAUAACAGAUGGAACAAUUCCAGACAGACUUGAACUCUGAGCGAGCUGCAUUACAGAAAAUGGAGAGCGCUAAGCUGACGUUAGAGAAGCAGGUAAAAGAGACCAAAAGACAGGUUCAUUUAUUUAUUAAUUCCAUUAUCUAUUAAUUUCUUUCUUAUUUAUUUAUUUUGUUAAUUUCUGUUAUGUUAUUCUUUCAGAACAAGGACAUGAAGGUAAAACUAGCGGAGCUUGAAAGCCAGACGCGCGCCCGCAAUCGGAUGACCGUGCAAGCACUGGAGAACAAAUUAGCAACAUUGCAAGAACAACUUGAUGCUGAGUCCAAGUAAGUAACAAAAAAAGUUACUCAAUCUUCGAUCCGCAAUCCUCUAGCGUGUAAAAGUGGAGUUGGAAGAAUGGAAACGAGGAUACUGAAAUACGUUUCGGAAAGACGAAUCAUUUUCGGCAAUUGUUUGGCAACUUAGUUAUUCUAAUUUUUUCAAAGUUAUUUCUCACUUUUGAGGCUGCCAUUACGGUGCCUGGACGGUUAAGGCGGAGGGACGGUAAACGUGUCCGCGUCUUGCUCUGUCUCUUCGCUAUUCCGCAUUCACUAGAUCUUAGUUCCUUUCCAACAAAUUUUUAAACAAUUUAUGUUAAUUACGUUAAACUAGAAGGCCGUGAACGCUUUCCCUACGUGUCGAAAUGGUUUUCAUAAACUGGUGUGAUGUUACAGGGGGAUCGAUGUCAAUAUCUGAGCAAUUGCACCCUUACCCCUUCCCUUACUUAACAUCAGUCAACGGAUAACAAGUUAGGGUUAAUGCUGGGUUAGGGGAGGGGUAGGUGCUCAGAUACUGACUUUGAUCCAAACUGGGUCAUACGCAGGGAGGAAAUUGCAUAGAAAAUGUCAAUGUGCAUAUGAGGCAUAUUUUGGUUAACCAUAAUGUGUGCCCUGCUUCAGGGAGCGUUCAACCAUGGCCAAGAACAACCGCAAGCUCGAUAAGAAGUACAAAGAGGCAGUGUUGCAAGCAGAGGAGGAAAGACGACAUGCUGACCAAUAUAAAGAACAGGUUUGUGUAAUAGUGACAUUUUUUUUUAUUUUUAUUCGGCUAAGAAACCGUUCAAUCAAAGAUUUAUCAUCAGUUCUGUUUUGGACAUAUAGAGAACUUUGUGAAGUCUUGAGAAGCAAGUUGCUCCGGUGGAAUAUUUUUUAGUUGUACUGUCUUUUAAGGAGACGUGUGAUCUGCGCCCUAAGAGUUAAAAGCCUUUUUUGCAACAUGCUUUAAUUAUGUAAUAUAUCUUUUACUCUUUGGGAAAGUUAUUUUGAGUUCGUCGUUUUCCCAAUUGCAAAAUGACAAGAGUGCUAACAGAUCUUUGUGGUCGUUCAAAGGAAUAGUGACAUCAAUCAUUUUUUUCCAAGGUUACUUUGAGGUCUACCUCGCACUCGAUCUUUCCCUCUUUGAGAAGCUCUUUUUAAAAAGAAUCCUAUUGGAAAAUAGCCUCAUCAAGCCUCAUCUUGAAUAUAUUUUUUUGACUCCCUACAGAUGGAAAAGGUAAACACUCGUGUGAAGACCUUGAAGCGAUCUGUAGAUGAGGCGGAGGAAGAGAACACUCGACUCAAUGCCGCCAAACGCAAAAUUCAACGAGAACUGGAUGACUACAUUGAAGCGAACGAGGAAUUGACCCGCGAAGUACAAAGUCUCCGGAAUAGGCUCCGGUGAGUGCCGACCUUUUUGUUGCCACAAUUUGAACCCUUCGGUUCAAAAAUCUUUCAGCGUGUGUUUCGAGUUUUGUUUUUUCUUCAGGAACACUUAAUUGGGCUUGGGAUUCCUAUGAUGUUCCCGCCUGAGCAAGGACAGAUAAAUGGUGUGAAUAGUCGAAGAUUCACCGCAUCUUGAGCGUGUGAUUCGAUCUCACUAGUAAUUCUCCUUACUGUCUGUCCAAUGAAUCUCAUUGGAGAAAUUGGUAUCGAAUCAAUAAGUAACCCCAUAAUUGAUAUUUUUCUUUAUUGUCAUCAUCUGUAUACAUGAUAUUGAAUAGAUACAGUAAGGAGAAAUUAUGUCUUGGUCACUCACGGGAGUUAAAGGGUUAAACGCUCCGGAAAGGACUCGAUAAUGCAACAAGUUUCAAAUUUAGUUGCGCGAUUUGACUAUUGGACUAUCCUGCAAUCGCUUCUUCCUGUACGCCGAUACAAAAGGAUGGGACUCUUGCAAGAUUUUAGACUUGAACAACGUUUGCGCAUCGCGAAGACCGUUGCAUGCAAUUCUGAGCUUCUCUCUCUCUCUCUUUUUCUCAGGGGCCGCGGUGGUGCAACAACUCGCAGUGGAUUCACCACUCCCCCAGAGCCAAGAAGAAAGUCUACCAGGGCAGAUAGGUCCGCCGACGUAGGGGACAAUGAUAUGGCACCUGAACCAGACGCAGAAUCAUAGAAU